AUGCUCCGAUCACGUCAGGCCGCUCGCGCCUUGAAGGCGUUGACUGAGGCGCAACAGAUCUCCCAGCGUACCACCCUCUCUGCCUCCCAGAGGGCCGCUGUCCUUCUCUCAAAUCGCUCCGUGCAAACGAGGCAUCAGUCCACCGCCGCUGCCGAGGCCGCCAGACCUACUCCCAGCCAAAAUUUCCAACCUGAGCCUACACCCAGCAAUGUCCAGCCUCUUUCCGGUCGCAAGACCGAUAUGGACGAGUCUUUCAUCGGCAAGACCGGUGGUGAGAUCUUCCACGAGAUGAUGCUCAGACACAACGUUAAGCACAUCUUCGGCUAUCCUGGCGGUGCCAUUCUCCCCGUCUUCGAUGCCAUCUACAACUCCCCUCACUUCGAUUUCAUCUCCCGCCAUGAACAAGGUGCUGGUCACAUGGCUGAGGGUUACGCCCGUGCUUCUGGCAAGCCCGGUGUCGUCCUCGUCACCUCCGGUCCCGGUGCCACCAACGUCGUCACCCCCAUGGCCGAUGCCCUCGCCGACGGCACUCCUAUGGUCGUCUUCUCUGGCCAGGUCCCCACUACCGCCAUUGGCAGCGAUGCUUUCCAGGAGGCCGACGUCAUUGGUAUUUCGAGGUCUUGCACCAAGUGGAACGUCAUGGUGAAGAGCGUCGCCGAGCUUCCCCGUCGCAUUAACGAGGCCUUCGAGAUCGCUACUAGCGGCAGACCUGGCCCCGUCCUCGUCGAUCUUCCCAAGGAUAUCACCGCUGGUAUCCUUCGCCGCGCCAUCCCUACCGAUACCGCCAUCCCCACCAUCCCCAGUGCCGCCUCCCGUGCCGCCAUUGAGCUGAGCCGCAAGCAGCUCGACGCCUCGAUCCACCGUGUUGCCAGGCUCAUCAACAUCGCCAAGAAGCCCGUCAUCUAUGCCGGCCAUGGUGUUGUCCAGUCCAAGGGCGGCCCUGAGCUCCUCCGCGCUCUCUCCGAGAAGGCUUCUAUCCCCGUCACCACCACUCUCCACGGUCUCGGUGCUUUCGAUGAGCUUGACGAGAAGUCCCUUCACAUGCUCGGUAUGCACGGUGCCGCUUACGCCAACAAGGCCGUCCAGGAGUCCGAUCUGAUCAUCUGCCUUGGUGGCCGUUUCGACGAUCGUGUCACCCUUAACCUCAACAAGUUCGCUCCUGCCGCCAAGGCUGCCGCCAACGAGGGCCGUGGUGGUAUCGUCCACUUCGAGAUUCUCCCCAAGAACAUCAACAAGGUCGUCCAGGCUACCGAGGCUGUCGAGGGUGAUGUUGCCACCAACAUCGAGCUCCUCAUUCCCCAGGUUGAGGCCAAGACCAUGGCCGAUCGCAAGGAGUGGUUCGACCAGAUCAACGCGUGGAAGACCAAGUGGCCCCUUUCCGACUACCAGCGCGCCGAGCGCACCGGUCUGAUCAAGCCCCAGACCCUCAUCGAGGAGCUCAGCAAGCUCACCGAGGGCCGCAAGGAUACCACCUACAUCGCCACCGGUGUCGGCCAGCAUCAGAUGUGGACCGCUCAGCACUUCCGCUGGCGCCAUCCCCGUACCAUGAUCACCUCCGGUGGUCUUGGUACCAUGGGCUUCGGUCUCCCCGCCGCCAUCGGCGCCAAGGUCGCCAAGCCUGAUGCUCUCGUUAUCGACAUUGACGGUGAUGCUUCCUUCGGCAUGACCCUCACCGAGCUGUCCACCGCUGCCCAGUUCAACAUUGGCGUCAAGGUCAUUGUCCUUAACAACGAGGAGCAGGGUAUGGUUACCCAGUGGCAGAACCUCUUCUACGACGACCGCUACUCGCACACCCACCAGAAGAACCCUGACUUCGUCAAGCUCGGCGAUGCCAUGGGCGUCCAGGCCAAGCGCAUCAGCAAGCCCGAUGAGGUCGUCGAAGGUCUCAAGUGGCUCAUCAACUCGGAAGGCCCCGCCCUUCUUGAGGUUGUCACCGACAAGAAGGUUCCCGUCCUCCCCAUGGUCCCUGCCGGCUGCGGUCUUGACGAGUUCAUUACCUUCGACCAGGAGGUCGACCGCAAGCGUCGUGAGCAGAUGGUCCAGCGUACCGGUGGCAAGCACGGUCUCUAA